CGGAUUUUUCAUGGUUGGGCCAAAUUUUUACGGAGUAUCAUCUUCAGCAAUCCUACAAGAAACCCAGUAUCUCUCCCCAUUACAUAUUUAAUCGGCGCUCGAGCCUCCUGACAGUCCUGAGAUCGAAAAUUGAAUCAAGGCUACUUUUCCAAUUCCUCUUCCUACAAAAUUGCACCCGUAAAAUCCUGAAAACGGAAAGUGUACGUCGCGCACUAGAAGAGAGCUUUGGUUAUGUUGUUGAGAACAAGAAUUGCCUUAGCAGGGACUGCGAUUGUUGUGAACAAACAAAAACCUUCUUAAUUGAAGUAUACAUAAAGUCAUAAACCAUGGCGGGGAUUGCGAUUCUUUUGGAUCUAUUGCGGACACACCCGAGCUUGAAUGGCCAGACCCUCCAUUCUUACGGCCUUUUCUCAUCUAAAGUUGCUGCCUCUGCUGCCAAGGCUUCUCUUGCAUUUGCAGCCACCACUCCCUUUGCUUAUAGACCCUUUGUCGGUUACAGCGGGGCAAGAGUUGCUUUUUGUGAUGCUGGUCAGGGUCUUACAGAAGAUUAUAUUUCUAGCUUACGAAGUGAUUCAACGGUUAACGUUGAUGACUAUAGUUCCAAAAUAUACAUCGUUGAACAAAAAGCAUUGCUUUCUGCAUUUCAUUGGAGAAAUUUUGCCCUUACAUUCUUGAGGUCUUUUCUGUAUAACUACUUGCCCAUUGUGGAGUCCCGUUUGAAGAUUGAGAAUGCGGAGGAUGAUGACGGAGACUUUUUAGAAGAUGACCACGAAGAGAGGCCGGUGGAUUUGAUAACUCCUUUCAAGGCAUCAGUUAAACACAUUUGUCGCGAGACCACUGUUACAACCACUAGGCGCGUGUUAGAGCGGUUUGCUGUCCAUUAUGUCUCUCAACGCAUGGCGUGGAAGCUCCUCAAAGAUGUUCCAAGGUCAGCUGCUCGCAAGGCAGGAAGAGGAAUGCCAACUUUUGUCUACAUAUGUAGUGUUAGCAGAACGACAUUUAGAGGUUGUUGCCUCGGAGUUCUAGCAUCGUUGAUCGUCCAAGUUGGGGUAGAUAUAUACGGAUUCUUUAAGUCAACGUCGGACAAUGAGGAAAGACUUACGCUGCUUGGGAAGAAGGUUUAUAACACUACCCUCAGGUGUGCCGCGUCUCUUGUUUUAGCUUCUAUUGGGGCCGGAAUAGGAGCCGCAUUCAUUCAGCCCACAACUGGCCAGUGGAUAGGAUGCGCAUUGGGAGAUAUUGCUGGACCUUACAUUGUUGCUAUGCUCUCAGACAAAGUUCAUCUCCAGCUAUAGUCCUUGUUUUAUGCUCUUAUUUUUGUUUGCUGUUGUGAUAGACAGUAAGGCUGAAUAUUGAUCGAGUUCGCACAUUAUUUUAUUCCUUAACUUGUGAUAGACAAGAGAAGAAGGCUCAAUAUGGAUGCAAUUCUUUUUCGUUGAACUUUGCCCGUGUAACUUUUUUUUUGUGUGUGCUUCAGCCUUCGGCAUUGCUAUUUGCUUACAAGCUCCCAUUGGCCAUGUAAUAAGUUUCGUAUAGAUGUUUUGAUGUAAUUUUUUGAAUCCACAAAGUUUAGGUUCUAAUUAUGCACCAAAUUUCAGAUAAAUUAAAUUGAAAUCUUUUUUUUUGGGAUGAAGACAGCAUAUGAUAAUAAAUGGAUAAAUCUUUA